AUGUCCCAGGAGGCAUGGUCUGCCCUUCACACAAGCUUCGCAUCUCAGCAGCAGGCCCGUGCUCACACUCUUCAUACGGAGCUGGGGGAGACCAAGCUUCUUGACCUCAGCAUUACCGACUACUUCGGCAAGAUGACGCGUCUCGCAGACACCUUGGCCUCCAUUGGUCAACCGCUUCGCAAAGAGAACUUCACCACCUUCGUCAUGAACGGCCUGGACGACGACUAUGAUAACCUUGCUGAGAACAUCAAUGGUCGUGAUACUCCGCUUGAACCUCGUGAGCUCUACGCCCGCCUCCUCGCCACGGAACAGUGCAUCAAGUCCCGCCGUCCCAACCCGAGUUUUAUUGCUGCCAAUGCUGCCACUCGUGGUAAAGGGACGCCCUUCAAGUCACCUGCAGGUGGCAAAUCAGUACCACUGACUCCACAGGCUCAGCGGCCGCCCGUCGCCGCCUCCUUGCCCACGACCGGGGGUGGUCGCCUAUUUUCCUGCUGCCCCUCAUGCGGCGUUCAGCUCCCCUGUCAACUGUGCAGCCUUCCAGGUCACAUCGCUUCCCGCUGUCAUCGCCGCUUCAAGCAGGACUUUCUCGGCAUCGGCAACAAUGGCAAAGGCAACGAGAACAGGCUGCCUUGGCCACUCACGAGCCUUCUCAUCAAGCAGGCCACACUCCAUCAUAUCCCAUCGAUCCAACUUGGUAUAUGGACACGGGCGCUACGAAUCAUCUGA